AUGAACCAGCUUCGGCCCUGGGUGACAUGGCACUCUCUCCAUGCAGCCAGCAUUGGGGGGGUCCUCGCUGGUGCCUUCUUUGUCCUGGGCUGCUGGGGGCUCUCCGAUUUUCAGCAGAGUUUUCUUCAGGCUCUGGAGCCGGAGGAGGUGUCUUCUUACUUUGGCCCUGACGCUGCCUUCGCAGGCCAUCCUUCCCCUCACCUCCGGAGACGGAGAUGGGCUGCAGGGGACAUCCUACACCUGGAGCUGCUGGUGGCUGUGGGCCCUGAUGUCUACCAGGUGCACCAUGAGGACACAGAGCGCUAUGUGCUCACAAACCUCAACAUUGGUUCGGAACUGCUGAGAGACCCGUCCCUGGGGGCUCAGUUCCGAGUACACCUGGUGAAGCUGAUGAUUCUUACGGAGCCCGAGGAUGCUCCAACCAUCACAGCUAACAUCACCUCAUCCCUGCUGAGUGUCUGUGAGUGGAGCCAGACAGUCAACCCCACAGACGACACAGAUCCUGGCCAUGCUGACCUGGUCCUCUACAUCACCAGGUUUAACCUGGAGCUGCCUGACGGUAAUCAACAGGUUCGGGGGGUCACCCAGUUGGGGGGCAUCUGCUCACCCUCUUGGAGCUGCCUCAUCACAGAGGACACUGGCUUUGACCUGGGGGUCACCAUCGCCCAUGAGAUUGGGCAUAGCUUCGGCCUGGACCAUGAUGGCGAGGGCAAGGUGGGCAGAGGCUGUGGGCCCAGUGGCCAUGUGAUGGCCUCGGAUGGUGCUGCUCUCACUGGUGGGGUCGGCCUGGAGUGGUCGGCCUGCAGCCGCCAGCAGCUGAGGCAACUGCUCAGUGCAGGGCGGUUGCACUGUGUAUGGGACCCGCCCAGGCCACAGGCCGGACCCAGUGAGCACCUGCCCAUUGCGCUGCCUGGCCUCUACUACGACGCCCACGAGCAGUGCCGCGUCGCCUUUGGCCCCGCGGCUGUUGGCUGCACCUUCGCCAGAGACGGCCUGGAUAUGUGCCAGGCUCUCUCCUGCCACACUGACUCCCUGGACCACAGCAGCUGCAGCCGCCUCCUCAUCCCUCUCCUGGACGGGACAGAAUGUGGGGUGGAGAAGUGGUGCUCCAAGGGUCACUGCCUCUCCCUGGCGGAGCUCAGCCCCGUGGCAGCAGUGCACGGGCACUGGUCGAGCUGGGGCCCCCACAGUCCUUGCUCCCGCUCCUGUGGAGGAGGUGUGGUCACCAGGAGGCGGCGGUGCAACAACCCCAGACCUGCCUUUGGGGGGCGUGCAUGUGUCGGUGCUGAACUCCAGGCGGAGAUGUGCAACACCCAGGCUUGUGAGAAGACCCAGCUGGAGUUCAUGUCUGAGCAGUGUGCCCAGACAGAUGGCCAGCCUUUGAGCCUCUCUCCUGGUAGUGCCUCUUUUUACCGCUGGAGUGCUGCCGUGCAGUACAGUCAAGGGGACACCCUGUGCCGGCACAUGUGCCGAGCUGUUGGAGAAAGCUUCAUUGUGAGGCGUGGAGAUAGUUUCCUGGAUGGGACCCGCUGUGUGCCAAGUAUCCCUCAGGAGGAUGGGACUCUGAACCUAUGUGUGUCUGGCAGCUGCAGGACAUUUGGCUGUGAUGGCAGGAUGGACUCCCAGCAGGUACGGGAUGUGUGCCAGGUUUGCGGAGGGGACAACAGCACGUGCAGCCCUCAGAAUGGCUCUUUCACAGCUGGGAGACCCAGAGAAUAUGUCACAUUCCUGAUGGUCACUCCCAACAUGACCAGUGUGCACAUCAUCAACCGCAGGCCUCUCUUCACACACUUAGCGGUGAGGAUCCAAGGGCACUACAUUGUGGCUGGGAAGGCCAGCAUCUUCCCCAACACCACCUACCCAUCGCUCCUGGAGGACAGCCGGAUGGAAUACAGAGUGGCUCUAACAGAGGAUCAGCUGCCCCACCUCGAGGAAAUCCACAUCCAGGGACCUGCCCAGGAAGAGAUGGAGAUCCAGGUUUUCAGGCGGUAUGGGGAGGAAUACGGGGACCUUACCCGCCCAGACAUUACCUUCACCUACUUCCAGCCUAAGCAGCGGGUGGCCUGGGUGUGGGCUGCCAUGCGUGGGCCCUGUUCUGUGAGCUGUGGGGCAGGACUGCGCUGGGUGACCUACAACUGCUUGGACCAGGCCCAGAACAAGUGGGUUGAGACUGCCCAAUGCCAAGGGAGCCCACAGCCAACUGCAUGGCCAGAGCCAUGCAUCUCUGUACCCUGCUCUCCACACUGGGCAGCUGGAGACUUUGGUCCAUGCAGUGCUUCCUGUGGGGGAGGCCUACGGGAGCGGCUGGUGCGCUGUGUAGAGGCCCAGGGUGGCCUUCUGAGGACACUGCCCUCAGCCCGGUGUAGAGCAGUGGCCCAGCAGCCGGUGGUAGAGGUGCAAACCUGCAACUCCCAGCCCUGCCCAGCCAGGUGGGAGGUGACAGACCCUGGCCCACGCAUGUCAACCUGUGGAGCAGGCCUGGACUCUCGGAACACGACAUAGGCAGGGGCAGGUUGUCUGGAGGCACCAGCAACUACGGGUCCCUGCUCCACAGAUGAGAUGCCGCCCACUCUGGAGCCCUGUAACAGGAUGGUGUGUCCUCCAGGCUGGGGUCAGCUGGAUGCCACAUCUCCACGGGAGGAGGCUCCAUCCCCAAUGGGCAGUGCCAGGCCGGGGGCUCAGGCUGCACAUGUGUGGACUCCUACAGUGGGGCCAUGUUCUGUCUCCUGUGGGCAAGGCUUGAUGGAGCUUCGUUUCUUAUGCAUGGACUCUGUCCUCCAGACACCUCUCCAGGAUGAGCUGUGUGACUUGGCCAGCAAGCCUGGGAGCCGGCAGGAGGUCUGCCAGGCUGGCCCAUGCCCUGCUCAAUGGGAGGCCCGAGCCUUGGCACCAUGCCCAGUGACCUGUGGAGGGGGACGGGUGCCACUGGCUGUGCGCUGUGUAAGGAUGAACCAAGGCCGCCCUGUCCCUCUGCCUCAUGCCAAGUGCUGGCCAGUGCCCCGGCCCAGUCCCUUUGAGGACUGCAACCUGGAGCCCUGUCCGGCCAGGUGGAAAGUCACGUCUCUUGGCCCAUGCUCAGCCAGCUGUGGCCUUGGCAUUGCUAUACGCUCAGUGGCCUGUGUGCAGCUUGACCAAGGUCAGGACACUGAGGUGGAUGAGGUGUCUUGUGCAGCUCUGGUGAGGCCCCAGGGUAGUGUCCCCUGUCUCAUGGCAGACUGCAUCUAUCGGUGGCACGUCAGCUCCUGGACAGAGUGCUCUGUCUCCUGUGGUGAGGGCAUCCAGCACCGCCGUGACACCUGCCUCGGACACCAGGCCCACGCACCAGUGCCAGCCAACUUCUGCUGGCACUUGCCCAAGCCAGCCACAGUACGGGGCUGCUGGGCUAGGCCCUGUGUGGAGAAGGGGACCUUCAGCCUGCUGCCUCAUGAGGAAGCCACGGUUCCUAGACAGACCACGGCUGCCGUUGCUGGUGAUUCUCUACAGUGGCAGCAGCCCUGGGCCUGAGCCCGCCUCCUCUCCCUAGACCCCCAGCCUCUGGGGCCCCAGGAAAACCUGGCAAAGUUUCGUGUCUGUGGCAGGCAACACCUGGAGCCCUUGGGAACCAUUGACAUGCGAGGUCUGGGGCAGGCAGACUGUGUGGUGGCAAUUGGGCGGCCCUUGGGUGAGGUGGUGACCCUCCAAGUUCUCCAGAGCUCCCUCAACUGCAGUGCAGGGGAGCUGUUGCUGCUUUGGAGUCGGCUCACAUGGCGGAAGAUGUGCUGGAGGCUGUCUGGCAUGACUUUCAGCUCCAAGACCAACACACUGGUGGUAAGGCAGCGCCGUGUGCAGCCUGGAAGUGGAGUGGUGCUACGGUAUGGGAGCCGGCCUGCUCCAGGGACUUUCUUCAGAG